AUGGGUGAAAAAGCAGCGAAAAAUGAGGUGAUCAUUGCUCUAUUGAAUGCGGUACGCGAUGAAGAUGCAAAUGUUCGAAGCAGUGCGUCUAAAGCAUUGCGAAAUAUGGGUGAAAAAGCAGCGACGAAUGAGGUGAUUGCUGCUCUACUGAAUGCGGUGCGUGAUGAAGAUGCAAAUGUUCGAAGCAGUGCGUUUGAAACAUUGGGAGAGAUAGGUGAAAAAGCAGUGACAAAUGGGAUCAUCGUUGCUCUACUGAAUGCGGAGCGCGAUGAAAACGCAAAUGUUCGAUGGAAGGCAUCUGAAGCAUUGGGAAAGAUUUUUGAAAAAGCAGUGACUAAUGAGGUGAUCGUUGCUCUAUUGAAUGCGGUGUGCAAUGAAGAUCCAAAUGUUCGAAGCAGUGCGUCUGAAACAUUGGGAAAGAUGGGUGAAAAAGCAGCGACAAAUGAGGUGAUUGCUGCUCUAGUGAAUGCGAUGAGCGAUGAAGAUGAAUUUGUUCAAUGGUGUGCGUCUCGAGCAUUGGGAAUGAUGGGUGAAAAAGCAGCGACUAAUGAGGUGAUCGUUGCUCUAGUGAAUGCGGUGUGCAAUGAAGAUGCAAAUGUUCGAAGCAGUGCGUUUGAAACAUUGGGAAAGAUGGGUGAAAAAGCAGCGACAAAUGAGGUGGUCGCUGCUCUAGUGAAUGCGGUGUGCUAUGAAGACCCAAUUGUUCGAUCGGAAGCGUGUGAAGCAUUGGGAAAGAUUGGUGAAAAAGCAGCGACAAAUGAGGUGAUCGCUGCUCUAACGAAUGCGGUACGCGAUGAAGAUGAUUAUGUUCGAUCUAAAGCGUUUGAAGCAUUGGGAAAGAUGGGUGAAAAAGCAGCGACAAAUGAAUUGAUUGCUGCUCUAGUAAAUGCAGUACGUGAUGAAGAUGAAUAUGUUCGAUCGAAAGCGUUUAAGGCAUUGGGAAAGAUGGGUGAAAAAGCAGCGACAAAUGAGGUGAUCGCUGCUCUAGUGAAUACGAUGCGGUUUGAAGAUGCAAAUGUUCGAUCGAAAGCGUUUGAGGCAUUAGGAAAGAUGGAUGAAAGAGCAGCGAAAAAUGAGGUGAUCGCUGCUCUACUGAAUGCAAUGAGCGAUGAAGAUGCAAAUGUUCGACGCAAGGCAUCUGGAGCGUUGAAAAGCAUGGGUGAAAAAGCAACGACAAAUGAGGUGAUCGUUGCUCUACUAAAUGUGAUGUGCGAUGAAGAUGCAAAUGAUGGAAGCAGUGCGUUUGAAGCAUUGGGAAAGAUGGGUGGAAAAGCAGCGACAAAUCAGAUGAUCGCUGCUCUAGUGAAUGCGAUGCGCGAUGAAGAUGAAUUUGUUCAAUGGUGUGUGUCUCAAGCAUUGGGAAUGAUGGGUGGAAAAGCAGGGAGAAAUGAGGUGGUCGCUGCUCUAUUGAAUGCAUCUACUGAUAGUCUUGUUUUAGCAGAGUCUCCUCUUAAAAAUGCCAAUUGUGGUCAAAUCUAUCGAUUUUAUGGUUUCUAUCUAGUUAGAUGGAGCUAA